GCGACUAGUUAAAUUGUGUGUCGGGCCAUUUAGUGCUGCGGAUGCCCUAGCUAAUAGUCCAAACCCCAACAGAAGUGGCGGGAAUGUGAUCAAGCCUCUUCGUCAUUUUUCCCAACUCUGUCCAGCCCCGCAUCAAAGCUCAAGCCAAUAAUGAAGGGCGCCAAUGCUAGGAAGCGGCAGCCGUCGUUGGCAACGCCAUCACCGCAGCAGCAGCAGAAGAAGUAUCACGCUGCCAUGGAAGAGGAGGACGUAGACGAAGACAUAUUCAUUGAUGAAACGCUGCUUCAGUACGACGAGGACUCUCAGGUCCUUCGCGAGCUCGAGGAGAAGCACGCCCUUGCGGACCGCCUCUGCAAAUGGAAGAGGCCUCCGCUUUCCCAAGCUUACCUCUCUCAGUCUCAAAGCAUAAUAUUUCAGCAACUGGAAAUUGACUAUGUGAUUGGGGAGAGCCAUAAAGAAUUGCUUCCCUAUUCAUCUGGUCCUGCUGCCAUUAUAAGAAUAUUUGGAGUCACUAAGGAAGGUCACAGUGUUUGUUGUCAUGUACAUGGAUUUGAACCAUAUUUCUAUAUUAGCUGCCCUGCCGGAAUGGGCCCCGAUGACAUAUCUCGUUUUCACCAAAUUCUUGAGGAUAGAAUGAGGGAGGCAAAUAGAAGCAGUAGGGUUCCUAAAUUUGUGCAUCGCAUUGAAAUUGUUCACAAAAGAAGUAUCAUGUAUUACCAACAACAGAGUUCUCAACCUUUUCUUAAAAUUGUAGUGGCAUUGCCAACAAUGGUUACUUCAUGCCGUGGUAUACUUGAUAGAGGCAUUCAAAUUGAUGGAUUGGGUAUGAAGAGCUUUAUGACAUACGAAAGUAAUGUUCUCUUUGCCCUUCGGUUUAUGAUUGAUUGUGGCAUUGUUGGUGGGAAUUGGAUUGAAGUUCCUGUUGGAAAGUACAAAAAAUCAGCAAAGAAUCUAUCCUAUUCACAACUGGAGUUCGAUUGCCUCUAUUCUGACUUGAUCAGCCAUAAGCCUGAAGGAGAAUUCUCCAAGAUGGCUCCUUUUCGUAUAUUAAGUUUUGACAUUGAAUGUGCUGGGCGUAAAGGACACUUUCCUGAACCUACUCAUGAUCCUGUUAUCCAGGUAGCAAACCUAGUCACCUUGCAGGGGCAGGAUCAGCCAUUUGUGCGUAAUGUAAUGACCCUUAACUCUUGUGCCCCAAUACUUGGGGCUGAUGUCAUGUCCUUUGAAACUGAACGGCAGGUUUUACUAGCAUGGAGGGAUUUUGUACGUGAAGUUGACCCUGAUAUUAUAAUUGGUUAUAACAUCUGCAACUUUGAUUUGCCAUAUCUCAUUCGCAGAGCUGAGGUCUUAGGGAUGGCAGAAUUUCCUAUCCUCGGACGGAUAAGAAACAGCAGGGCUCGUGUGAAAGACACAACAUUUUCUUCAAGGCAACUUGGGACAAGGGAAGGUAAAGAAAUUACUUUGGAAGGGAGGGUUCAGUUUGAUUUACUUCAGGCUGUGCAGAGGGAUUAUAAAUUGAGUUCAUAUUCACUUAAUUCAGUCUCAGCACAUUUUCUAAAUGAACAGAAAGAGGAUGUGCAUCAUUCUAUCAUAUCUGAUCUUCAAAACGGUAACUCGGAAACAAGGAGGCGGCUUGCCGUAUAUUGUUUGAAGGAUGCUUAUCUCCCUCAGCGACUUUUGGACAAAUUAAUGUUUAUUUACAAUUAUGUGGAGAUGGCUCGAGUCACUGGUGUUCCUAUUUCAUUUCUAUUGGCUCGGGGGCAGAGCAUUAAGGUUCUUUCUCAACUUCUGAGGAAGGCUAAACAAAGAAAUCUUGUCAUUCCAAAUGCCAAACAAGCUGGGCCCGAGCAAGGAACUUUUGAGGGUGCAACAGUUCUGGAGCCGCGUGCUGGAUUCUAUGAGAAACCAAUUGCUACUCUGGAUUUUGCGUCCCUCUAUCCAUCGAUCAUGAUGGCUUAUAAUUUGUGUUACUGCACAUUGGUAACCCCUGAUGAUGUGCGCAAACUCAACCUUCCCCCAGAGUGUGUACACAAAACUCCUUCGGGGGAAACAUUUGUCAAAUCAAAUUUGCAGAAGGGAAUACUUCCAGAAAUUCUUGAAGAGCUACUGGGAGCUCGUAAAAGAGCAAAAGCAGAUUUAAAGGAGGCAAAGGACCCUCUCGAGAAAGCUGUUUUAGAUGGACGUCAACUGGCUUUAAAGAUUAGUGCAAAUUCUGUAUAUGGAUUUACCGGGGCUACCGUUGGGCAAUUACCAUGUCUAGAAAUAUCUUCAAGUGUUACAAGCUAUGGACGUCAGAUGAUAGAACACACUAAGAAACUUGUUGAGGACAAGUUCAAGGUAAUUGAGGGCUACCAACACAAUGCUGAGGUCAUAUAUGGAGAUACAGAUUCAGUCAUGGUGCAAUUUGGUGUUUCUACAGUGGAAGAAGCCAUGAGAUUGGGUAAAGAAGCUGCAGAUUUCAUUAGUGGCACAUUCACCAAACCUAUAAAACUUGAAUUUGAGAAGGUUUAUUAUCCAUAUCUGUUGAUCAGCAAGAAGAGAUAUGCUGGCCUUUUAUGGACCAAUCCUGAUAAAUUUGACAAAAUGGAUGCUAAAGGAAUUGAAACAGUGCGAAGGGAUAAUUGUCUCUUGGUAAAGAACCUUGUAACUGAAAGCCUUCACAAAUUAUUGAUAGAUAGAGAUGUUCCUGGAGCUGUUCAGUAUGUUAAAAAUACUAUUUCUGAUCUUCUUAAGAAUCGCAUGGAUUUGUCUCUUCUCGUUAUUACAAAGGGCCUGACAAAAACUGGAGAUGAUUAUGAAGUAAAGACAGCUCAUGUUGAACUUGCAGAGCGGAUGCGCAAGCGAGAUGCUGCUACUGCUCCAACAGUGGGUGAUAGAGUACCUUACGUCAUUAUCAAGGGUGCUAAAGGUGCUAAGGCUUAUGAAAAGUCAGAGGAUCCUAUAUAUGUCUUAGAGAACAACAUUCCAAUAGAUCCACAUUACUAUCUUGAGAAUCAAAUUAGCAAGCCACUUCUAAGGAUAUUUGAGCCCAUCUUGAAGAAUGCCAGUAAAGAACUUCUGCAAGGAAGCCAUACUCGAUCACUCUCCAUUUCGACUCCUUCCAACAGUUGGAUAAUGAAAUAUGCCGAAAAGCAAUUAACUUGCCUUGGAUGCAAAGCACUAAUUAGUGAAUCUGAUAGAACUCUCUGCAAACACUGCAAGGGAAGGGAAGCUGAACUUUAUUGUAAAUCAGUUGCAAAUGUUGCUGAACUGGAGAAGCUUUUCGGGCGGUUGUGGACGCAGUGCCAAGAGUGUCAAGGCUCCCUUCACCAGGAUGUGCUGUGCACUAGUCGAGAUUGCCCGAUCUUCUAUAGGAGGAAGAAGGCACAGAAAGACAUGGCGGAAGCCAAGACCCAAUUAGAUCGAUGGAGCUUCUGAACAUGCACCAUGAAUGUUACCCAUGCGGCAUAAUCCGUACAGGUGUGGUCGCAAGUAGUUGAACAGAUCUGAACUCUAUCUUUUUUUUUUUUGAGGAAAAUCUGUACACAAACUUGAUAGUGUAAGACUGUAGAGACCACCUGUAAGUGUUAGGGAUGUAAAACCGGAAAAGGCUCAAGGCCAGUUAACCUC